AUGGCACAAGUUCAGUGGAAAGUUUUUGAAUGUCCAAGACGGCUCAAGGCUAAGAUGUGUUGGUUUUUGGAAUCCUUCCGCCUGAUCUACAUGUCAUUAUGCUACAAUCAGUUCACAACAUGGAAUAGUAUAAUUGACACUGCUUUUGAACCAAUGUUCUGGAUUGUAGACCAUACAGCGCAUUAUAUUGGAGUGAUCAUGGUGACAAUGGUUGUUCUGUUGACAACAAUGGUUGUCAUGGUGUUCUACAUCUGCAUAUUCCCCCACAUCGUCUAUGUGACGGAUGUCUUUUGGUGUGGAUUCCAUUUCUUUUUUUCACAUUGGCUACUGGUCAAUAUUGUUUUCAAUUAUUUUAUGGCUGCUUUUACAAAACCAGGUCAUCCACCACAGAAUGUGCCAGAAGUGGUAUCAAUAUGCAAAAAGUGUAUUGCUCCUAAACCACCUCGCACCCAUCAUUGUACUGUAUGUGGUACAUGCAUUCUCAAGAUGGACCACCAUUGCCCAUGGCUGAAUAACUGUGUGGGAUUAUACAAUCAUCGGUACUUUUUCCAGUUUAUAUGCUAUAUGUGGCUUGGCACACUGUAUGUAAGCAUUGCAGGCUAUGAUGUGUUUAAGCAGCACUUUUUUGGAAACAAGGAGUUGAUAGUGCCAGCAUUUUUCUUCCCGAUCAACAUAGCCUACCACGUUUGGACCAGUGAUAGUGAGGAUAAUCUAGGAAUGAAUGUUACUACCCUCAAACUGUUAGAUCCAAACAAAGACAUCUUCCUGGGUCAGACAACUGAGUCAGAAAUUAAAGCAACUUUGGAAGAUCAGUUGCUCCAUAAUGCAAUCAUCCUACAAUUCCUCCUGUGUGCGGGCGUGACAGUGGCCUUGAGUCUGCUGGCUGUGUGGCAUGCUCGGCUGAUCUCUGAGGGGCAGACAAGCAUUGAACAGCAUAUCAAUAACAAAGAGAGAGCUCGUUUGAAAAAGAAAAAUAAGAUUUUCAGAAACCCUUAUGAUUUUGGUAUCAUAAAGAACUGGAAGUUAUUCCUGGGAUUAAAUAAAAACAGGUCAUUUAUAAGACACAUACUGUUUCCAUCAACACACGAUCCCAUUGGGAAUGGAAUAACAUGGGAGACUUCCACUUUCAAGCUUGAUCACAGUCAUGUGCUGGACUUAUUAUGA